UUCAAUGCGACACACACAACACUUCAUGUGCCGCAUAGAGCUGCUGCCCGUGGUUGGCUUUUAACAUACUACAGCUGCCAUGACAAAACCUCGGGGGUUUGAGUUUUGGAGAAACACCCUGAAGGGCUCACGGUAUGUUGUUGCCCCUAUGGUGGACCAGAGCGAGCUGGCCUGGAGGCUGCUUAGCCGCAGACACGGCGCGGAGCUCUGUUACACACCUAUGCUGCACGCACAGGUGUUUGUGAGAGAUGCAAACUACCGCCGUGAAAAUCUGUAUAAUGAAGUAAACCAAGAGGAUCGACCUCUCAUAGCACAAUUCUGUGCCAAUGAUCCUGAAGUGUUUGUCCAGGCUGCUCUGCUCGCACAAGAUUAUUGCGAUGCGAUUGAUUUAAAUUUGGGUUGCCCCCAGAUGAUUGCAAAAAGAGGCCAUUAUGGUGUGUUUCUUCAAGACGAGUGGGAACUGCUUGAGAAAAUGAUUAAAUUGGCAGAUGAAAAACUCUCUGUUCCAAUCACUUGCAAAAUCAGGGUCUUCCCAGAGAUGGAAAAAACAGUCAGAUAUGCAAAAAUGCUGGAAAAGGCUGGAUGCCAGCUCCUCACAGUUCACGGGAGAACCAAAGAUCAAAAGGGGGCUUUGACUGGUGUUGCAUGCUGGAAGCAUAUCAAAGCUGUACGAGAGGCCGUGAACAUUCCUGUGUUUGCCAAUGGAAACAUCCAGUACCUGAGUGAUGUGCAUCGCUGUAUGGAGGAGACUGGAGUACAAGGAGUGAUGAGUGCUGAGGGAAAUCUCCACAACCCUGCCCUGUUUGAAGGCCGUAGCCCACCUGUAUGGGAGAUGGCUGAGGAAUACCUCGAGGUGGUGGAGAAACACCCACCCUGCAGUUUGUCUUACGUCCGUGCUCACCUCUUUAAAUUGUGGCACCACACGCUACAGAUACACCAAGACUUGCGGGAGGAGUUGGCCAAAGCGAAAAAUGUAGAUGGCAUAGCAGAGGUUAACAGACAGCUAAAACAACGCUGCCAGGAGGAGAUGGCUAAGGAUGAGUCUGAAUGGACUCAAACUGGACUGCCCUUCCCUCAUUGGAUCUGUCAACCUUACGUCAGGCCACCACCAAAAGAUCCAAGCUCAGAAAAUGGGCAGACAGCACAAAAGACAAAAGCCGUGUGUGUAAAGAGGGCACACGAGGAUAGUGAUGGACCCAACGACUCCCUCUCCAAAAACAAACAGAAAAAGCAAGCCCGUAACCCCUACAAAAACUUCUGUGCAGAGCUAAAACCCAAAUACAUCAGAUGUGAACAGUGUGGUAACCCUAAAGGGAAUAAAUGUGUUUUCAACUUGUGCCGUGGCUGUUGCAAGAGAAAGGCUUUCAAGGAAGUGGCUGACUGUCCUGGUCACGGUCUGAGAUUCAAAACCAAGGCUUUGAGACAAAGCAACUCGGAAACAGGUAGUGGGCUUACAAAUGGAAAACCAAACAAUCAGACUGACAUUUCCCCUGCAGUCCCCCUCAUUUGUCCUAAAGAAGACUUUGUACUGGAUUUGGGUGACAAUGGCAUCUGAACGCUGCUUUUAGUCCGGCACUCUUUUAAGUGUCACUGGAUGAAAUUUUGAAUGCACAUGACAGUAACUUAACCAAACAUGCAAAGCUUCUGUAACUCAUUUACAGCCAUCGAGGUAAAGGAAUAUCUGUUAGGUUCAUCCCUUCAAUUCUGAGCUAUAAAGAGUUGUGAUAUAUCCUUGCUGCUGCUAACUUAUCCAUCAUUCACACAAAUAGAGUCCAUGCGUCUCAUGAAUGACCACUUUCCAUGGUGAAUGUAUCUUUUUUGUUUUAAUAUUGCUUUUUAUAGUCGUGUUUUUGUUCAUCACUGGGUAGAAAUUGCAUUUUAAACAUGGCCACUAUAAACGCACAACCAUCUGCUGUUCUGUGACUCUCCGAGUUGGAUUUUUAUUUUGGGACAUUAUGUGGAAUCAACACUGAUGACUUCAUGCAAACUAUAUUUAAAAUCAUAUUUAUUGUAAAAAUUAUGACAGUUGUGUGAUGCAACAUUCAAACACCCUGGCUUUUUAAGCAUUUUUACUGUAUGGACAUUUUUUUUAACUACUGUCCUGACUGUCAAGAUCACAUUGUAUGCAUGGUCAUUUGAUAGUUUUACACUUAUGACAUUUAUUUUUACACUACAAAAUAUUUCAUCUUCAGUUAUUUUUGUUUUUGUAAGAUGCUAAUACAGAUGCUUCACUAAAAGGCCACAAUUGUAAGAAUUUGAACUGCCAUCCCAACUAUUUAGUUGUAUUGCAUUUUAAAAAAAAACAUUACCCCAGUUAUAUUCGGGAUAAGCAAUGGUCAUCUCAGUGCCUUAUUGCAAAAGUCAUGGGUAAAAACAUGUCAGUGAGCAUCUCCACUACUGCUUGUAAAUGUAAACUGGUUGGCUGUGUGUAAAUAGCUGUGUGGGGAUUGAAUGCUUUUCAAAAUUUUUACUACCCAUUAGUUUCUUACAUUGCUAUUCAUGCUGUUCUGAAUUUUUUGCUCAAAUAAAUUUUUGUAAUUCUAAAAAAAAAAACAAGUUUUGUU